AGGUUGGGGGCCAGGCCAGAAGGAAAAGCAGGAGCAACCUCAGCUGCAGCCUGGCCAUUCACGGUCAACGCUUCCUCUCAUCAGUAGCAUCUCCUUAACCGCUGUUAGCCGCUGUCCAAGCAUUCUCCCAGCGCUCCGUUAUCCGAGCUGCCUUGCAGGGGGGUCGGGCGAGAAGAGGGGAAGAGGGGGAGAGAAAACAUCGCGAGUCCCCGCCCCUUCAGCUUCAGGGUGAUCUGGCUUCUGGCCCUUGCCCCCACCCCAUACCCCCUACGACGCAUCAGUAGGCCCGCCCAGGCGUGUCUCGCCCGCCCUCAGCAGCGCUCCCGUACGCCCCUCCCUCCUACUCCUCCUCUGCCCCCCCCCCCACGGUCUGACUCUAGGUGGUACAGGCCGCGGAUAAAAGGAGCGGGCGGAGGCCACUCGAGUGGUACUUUUGGUUUUCCUACUGCUGUGGCUGCGGUCUGGGAGCACGCGCUGCCGGUCUUUGUAGGCUUGGAGCCCGCCCCCCUUUGCAGUCAUGUCCUCUGGAAAUGCUUACAUUGGAAAACCAGCCCCCGACUUCCAUACCACUGCUGUAGUGGAUGGAGCUUUCAAGGAGGUGAAGCUAUCUGACUAUGAAGGGAAGUAUCUGAUCAUCUUUUUCUAUCCCCUGGACUUCACGUUUGUGUGCCCCACUGAGAUCAUCGCCUUCAGUGACAGGGUCUCUGAUUUCCAUCAGCUGGGCUGUGAAGUUCUUGGUGUGUCUGUGGAUUCCCAGUUCACUCAUCUGGCCUGGAUCAAUACUCCUCGAAAAGAGGGUGGCCUGGGACCUUUGAAAAUCCCCCUGCUGGCAGAUGUAACUAGAAACCUUGCUCGAGAUUAUGGGGUUCUGAAGGAGGAUGAAGGCAUUGCCUACAGGGGCUUAUUUAUUAUUGAUGCAAAGGGAAUUGUCCGGCAAAUCACUGUCAAUGACCUGCCUGUUGGGCGCUCAGUGGAUGAGACUUUGAGGCUAGUGCAAGCAUUCCAGUACACAGAUGAGCAUGGGGAAGUAUGCCCUGCAGGCUGGAAGCCUGGAGGAGACACUAUCAAGCCCAAUGUGGAGGAUAGCAAGGAGUAUUUCUCUAAGAACAACUAGGCAAGAAGUGCUGCUGCUUUCUUUGCUCCGGUGGCAAACCUCAAGAUGGUGAAGGAGGCUUCUGCCCCUCCUGGGUAGUGGCCCUUGCCCCAAAUCCCGUCUUAAUCUCUUCCUCCUUAUGGAGGGGCAUGUAUGGGAGGGGAGGAAGGGGCCUGUGUCUAAUAAAUUCUCUGGUAAAAUCAAA